AUGCCGACCCUUGACUCACUCACGUCCGGGGACAAGCUUUCUACCAUGGAGCUGCCCCAUCCACGCACAAUAGUGGCAAGUCUUCUAGCCAUAGUAUUCACGCUAUCCUACUAUCGAUCUGUCACGAAGAAGACAGGCCUCGAAAACUUUCCUGGGCCAUGGUAUGCACCCUACACGGCUAUGCACCUUCGAUGGCUUUUCGCCCGCGGCACGAUCCACGAGUAUGUUGAGAAGAUGCACAAACAGUAUGGUGAUGUGAUUCGUCUGGGACCAAGGCAGAUUUGGGUCUCAGACAAAGGGGCUAUGAAACAGAUUCUUCUUACCAUUGACCUACCAAAGGUUACUAUGUAUGCCGAGAUCUCGAGAGACAGAAGUAGCCCAGGCCUUUUUGGAGAAAUCCGCCCAGUGCCCCACCGCAACCUCAAGAAGUUUCUCAGCCCUGCCUUCACCGUGGCAUCUGUGGACAAACUAGACACCUACUUCAAAGCAUGCGUAUCCACCUUGCUUGACAACUACUACGAUGAAGUCAACAAAGCCGUCUCCAAAGAUCUCAGUUUCAGGCCUAAUGGCAAUAUCCAAACAGACCUCAUGCGCGAUCUGCAUUGCCUUGCCUUGGACAUCAUGGGCGAGUCCUCAUUCGGCAAAGGCUUUGGGCAGAUUGACAAGAUUUUCGAUCCGAGAAAGAUGCUUUCGAGCAGAGAUAAGCGGUGGAGUAAGAUUCCCAAUGCGAUCUUCGAUGGGCAGGCCAGAAGGUAUGGAUUAGUUUUCAUCAAGAGAUUCCUGAGGCGAAUGGGGUAUGAAUGGGAGGUUGAUUGGCCCAAGGAAAUGACCACUGCUAUUUGCGAACUCGUCGACGAACGUGCUGCAGCACAGGGAUCAGCAAAGAACGCAGCACGUAUCGAUGUCCUACAGCAUAUGUUGGAUGAGGGUGCGCGACCGGAUACUGGAGAGCGUAUGUCGAAUCAGGAUAUAAUUGAUCAGAUGUCUGAACUUCUUCUGGCUGGUUCGGAAACGACAUCCGCCCUAAACAAGCUUCUCGCUUCGCUCCCCCCUCUUUCUCCUUCAUCCCCCAUCCUCGACUCCAAAACCGUGCGAACGGACCCACAAUAUCGCUACCUUGAAGCCUGUCUCAAAGAAAACCUGCGCAUGAACCCCAUUGCUUCUGAACUAGGUCGUCGCACUCUAGAUCAAGGCCACAAUGUUAAUGGCUUUGAUAUUCCGCCCUAUACAAUUGUUUCAGCCAGUUAUAGGGCACUACAUCGGGAUGAACGAUACUGGCCCGAGCCAAACAGGUUUUGGCCAGAACGAUGGCUGGAAGGUGAGGAGAGGGAGGGUGCGCCGGAACCAGACAUGGAUGCUUACUUUCCGUUUUCUAACGGUCGACACAACUGCAUUGGACAGAAUUUCGCGUACGCAGAAAUGCGCACAGUAUCUGCAAACCUCCUUUCCCGCUUCUCGCUCGAGGAAGCUGGUUAUCAGGAAAUUCAACUUCGGCAGUUCAUCACGAUGCAGUUCCAUGAUGGGAAGUGGAAGGUUGUGUUGAAGCCUCGGUGGAGAGAAGGCGCGGAAGCUUGA